GAGACCGCACUUCCGGCAGUGGCGGCGGCGGCGGCUGCAAGCCGAGGCGAGGCCGGGCCCGGGCCCCGGCGCUGUGGGGCCUGUCCUCACCGGCUGCAUCCCGGGACAGGGGACGCAUCCAGACGUGCCCCAGACUUUCCGCGGUACUGCGAGCAAGCCACGGGUGCAGGUUGUCCAGAAAAUUUGGCUUGGCUGGCCAGAAUUGUUCCUGGCUGGAAACAAUGAAGAACCAUUUUGCAUGAAACUUGAACAGGACUGAGAUCAUGGCAUCUUCAACAAACUUAGAUGUCGGGGCCCAGUUAAUUGUGGAAGAAUGUACCACCAGCUACAGCCUUCCAUCCAUGCCAGACAUUAAAGUGGAGCAUCAGCUUGAUGCCAGCGCAGAGGAGGGCCCGGCUCAGAGCGUCACCAUGGGGAUGAAAUUCAUUUUGCCCAAUAGAUUUGAUAUGAAUGUCUGCUCACGAUUUGUGAAGUCUUUGAAUGAGGAGGACAGUAAAAAUAUUCAAGAUCAAGUCAACUCUGACCUUGAAGUCGCGUCUGUCUUAUUUAAAGCUGAAUGCAACAGCCACACUUCUCCUUCCCCUGGUAUCCAAGUAAGACAUGUUUAUACUCCAUCAACUACUAAGCAUUUCUCACCAAUAAAACAAUCAACUACACUAACUAACAAACACAGGGGAAAUGAAGUCUCUACAACACCUCUACUUGUAAACUCGUUAUCUGUUCAUCAGCUGGCUGCUCAGGGAGAAAUGUUAUAUCUGGCCACACGUAUUGAACAAGAAAAUUUAAUCAAUCAUAAGGAUGAAGAAGGAUUUACCCCUCUGAUGUGGGCAGCAGCUCAUGGGCAGAUAGCAGUAGUGGAAUUUCUGCUCCAGAAUGGCGCAGAUCCUCAGAUUCUGGGCAAGGGGCGAGAAAGUGCCCUCUCACUGGCCUGCAGUAAAGGAUACACUGAUAUUGUCAAAAUGCUGCUCGACUGUGGAGUUGAUGUCAAUGAGUAUGACUGGAAUGGAGGCACACCCUUGUUAUAUGCAGUACAUGGGAACCAUGUGAAAUGUGUUAAAAUUCUUCUCGAGAGUGGUGCUGAUCCAACCAUUGAAACAGAUGCUGGCUAUAAUUCCAUGGAUUUGGCUGUAGCCUUAGGCUAUCGCAGUGUUCAGCAGGUUAUUGAGUCUCAUUUAUUAAAGCUACUUCAAAAUAUCAAGGAAUAGUGGUUGGCUCUUCUGCAGGUGCCACAUCUUGGCUUGGAGAUUUGAACUGCUGUUUAGCUCUAAUCAGUGAGAAGAGUUGGUUGUUUUGUAACUUUACCUCAGUGCAACUAUUUGCUGGCUUUAGUUAAGCUUUUUGGUGUUCUUCCUCUUCUUUCAUUGUUGUUAAUACAAAUGUGCAAUGUCUUUCUUUUCUUAAAUAUAUUUUGUAUAAUUUUAGAAGAGUCAGUUGUCAUGCAUGAAAGUAAUUGUAAAUAAACCCAGUUUUAACCAUCUAAA